CAGGAGUGUGGGGCUACGGGCGAAAAAGCGCGCGGUGCUGUAUGGGGAGCUUCCUCCGCCCCACAUAACGGCCGUUAAAGCGGAGAGGGAGGGGGGCGGGAAGGACUGCCGAGCGCCCGGCUCCUGGUAUGGCGGUAACUGCUUCCCUCAGCCCCCUGGUGGCACGGCGCCUCGGGGCCCUCGCCCCGUCUCGGGGCGGGAGGCCGGCCUUGUCCCGGCAACCCGCGCCCGGCGGCGGUUGGGCGGCGGCCGUUGGGUGUCUGACGGCAGCGGUGACACGGGAGUCUUUCAGAAGCACUGGUGUUCAUGACAGUGAGGUACUGUCUGUCUGCUGCUGAUCUGUUCUGAGUUCCAGACUUACAACCUUACCUGGCACAAACGAAGGAAAUCGGCCACUAGGAUAUGAGAGCCCUGUAUCUUGCUGGGAUACAAGAGUUAAUCUAAGCGAGUCUAUAAUCUGCUACUUCAGUUGUUGCUGCAAAGUACUGAAAGGGUACUGUAAUGAAAUCCUUUGAGAACACACCAGGUCAUUGUUUAUAAUGCACUGCAUCUGAAGAAAUACAAAGUGUCAUGCUGACUAACAACAUAGGUCAUCAAGUGGUACGUCAAGCAAUGAUUCCAAGAAAACUGAAGCCAUUUCCCUACAUUUGUGGCAACAGAAUGUUGUCGGGUUACAAACCUAAGAGCAACGUCAAGGACUCUUACAAAAUUCUUGAGCUUGAGGAAGGAUGUUCCCUUGAUGAUAUCAGAAAUUCGUAUCGAAGUCUUGCUAAAAAAUACCAUCCAGACAGCGGUUCUGCCACAGCUGACUCUGAAGCAUUUAUGAAAGUAGAAGAAGCAUACAGAGUCGUGCUCAGUGAUGCAGCGACCAAAAAGAAAUCGAACGAGAAUAACGAAGAGGAGGAAGAUCAGUUCAAAGCAAAAGCACCACAGCACAGGCACUACUUGAGUUUUGAAGGCGUUGGUAUUGGAACACCAAGCCAAAGAGAAAAGCAAUACAUGCAGUUUCGAGUAGACCGUGCUACUGAACAAGUGUUGGAGUACCGGAAGAAGAGACUUGAAAGCCAGUAUGCUGUGACGGACCUGAUGAAAGCCAAAGACGUGAAGCAGAGCAAAAAGGUGAAAAUAACUCAGGCAGUUGAACGGUUGGUUGAGGACCUCAUCCAGGAGUCGAUGGCGAAAGGAGACUUUGACAACCUCAGUGGCAAAGGAAAACCUUUGCAGAAGUUUUCAGACUGUCCACAUAUCGACCCUAUGACUCACAACUUGAACAGGAUUCUGAUAGAUAAUGGUUACCAGCCAGAGUGGAUCCUGAUGCAGAAAGAAAUCCGGGAAACCAUUGAGCGGUUGAGGAAGAGUAUCGUGGCAUCUAGAAGUAAGCUUGGAGGGCCAAUGACGCCAUAUAGGCAGAAGCAAUGGAAUCGUAUUUGUGAGCAAUUCAUAGAAGAUAUCAGGAAAUUAAAUAAAAGAAUUGACAACUUCAAUUUAGUAGUUCCUAUUCUGAGCAGACAAAUGGUGCACUUCAGUGCAGACAAAGAAAUUGCUCGAGCACAAAAGACUUACGAAGCUUUGAUGGAAAACAGAGAGGCUUCUAACUCAGACACAAAGGAAAACGAAGAGGAGAAUGUUAAAAGGUUUGGGUGGAAGUCGUCUCUGUUGAAGUGGUUAAACCUCUCGUUGAAAUAAGAUAAUACUAAUUCAUCUGUCUUGUUAAGAUUUUGAAUGCACUUUAUUAAUGAAACUUGUAGCACUAGAGAAGUUUCAGGUAGACUGAAAGUGUAAAAUCCACUGUCCACUGUUACAUCAGUUAAAAGAAAUUGGGUUGUCUGAUGUUCAUUUGCAGGUGCUUAAUUGAUUUAUUUGUGAGUAUUGUUAAGGAACAAAUAAAUUCACUUAUCCUCUUGCA